CACCUUGGAUGGGGAACUUUGGAGCGAUAAGUUGUUCGGGCGAAAGAAGACAAGGUGGCCCGCUGUAGAAUCGAAUCGUCGUUCAGCGCAGUCUAAUCCAGUCAGUUGUUGAGGGAACAAGUUUUAUUCCAGCACGGCUUAGCGAGAGUAACAUGAGCCGCGUGUAUCGGUGGGGUUGGUUAGCAGCGCUACUGGUGUUGGUGAUCAUUAGCGCAGCGCAAAGUUCCAAUCCUCAGGAGUACGAUGGACGAUCGAUGCUGCAAGACUUUAGGAACCGCUUUAUGACCUACGAGCACAUUGAGAUCGAUGAGUGUCCCUUGAAGUAUCUCCGGACGGUGUACAGCGACUAUUGUCACGUUGCGCUCAUCAAGAAAAAUGACAGCAGCACCUGUCUGGGAGUGUUGAUAAACGACUACUAUCUACUAUCGACCGCAGAAUGUGUGCCGGAAGACUGGAAAUCGGUUCAGGUGCAGCUGCAAAACAACUUCAAUCUACCGAUCGCCGAUCGGUUGGUAUAUCCCAACUACAAGGCACUGAACGUGACCAGCGAAAAAGCACCAAUUCUGUUGCGAAUUAAUGGAACAACCGAAUACAGACUGCCCCAGGAAAACACGGCCGCCUGUCUCUGGCCAAAGGAUAAUGUUAUCUCCUACUCCAAAGUGCAAGAUAUCGCUUUCGGUACUACCCUUGGAAAUCUCAUUCAAAAUACGACCGUCUGCUUGGCAUCGACGCAGGAAGAUUGCCUCAAAACAACCUUUGCCCAAUGGUGCGAAAGGAACCCAACGGGCAGCCUGUUGCAAAUACGUGAUUUGGACAAAUACUCCAUGCACCCGAUGGUGGUCAGCUUGUUCUGCAACGAGGAGCAGCAGCUGGUGCCGGUGUCACUGUACGCCGACUGGAUUCGCGAUGUGAUUGCGCUGGACCGAAUUUUGUUCGCGAUCCCGGACGCCGGACUGGGUGAAAAGUGUAUCACGAAAGAUGAUAAGGAAGGUGUUUGCCUGCGCCUCGAAGCCUGCCCCCAGGUCUACCGGCAGCUGAAGGGCAAGGGGCGCAAUUUGGCCGCCCUCCAGCAGUGCGGUUUCGAAGGGGGCGAUGUGCUCAACUGCUGCACGCCCGACGACAUGCUGAAGGCAGACGACAAGCAGGCAAAGCUGCAGAGCAUCCGGCGUGAGAUUGAGCACUGCCACGAGCUGUACGAUGUGCACCGCCGCACGACCAAGGAGCAGCAGCUUCACUCGCAACUUGCGCUUAUACUGGGCGACGAGGGCAAGGUGGAAUGUGUCGGAACACUGAUCGCGAAGCAGUUCGUACUGACCGCGGCCCAGUGCGUGUUACGCGUCAAGUCUAAGACAAUUACGGUACAGCUGGGAACUACCGGAAAGGACGAAUGGCUCAACCAAACACGUAGCGUCGUCUCCACUGUGGUUCAUCCGAUGUUUGAUCAUCACACUAAUCAUUAUAACAUCGCCCUGCUAGCACUCGACGCACCGGUCGCGAUUACCGAGCACACUGUACCGGCCUGUAUGUGGCCCGAAAAGGAUCGAAUGCCUGCCCAGCUCAUCUCAACCGGUUACGAUGCCGCCUCGGACGCCAUCAUCGCUGAUACGGUGAACCCACUGUACUACAUCGACUGUCGUCUGAAGUACUAUUCCAACCUUACGCUAACGGAGGCAUGCGUAUUGCCCGAUACGGACAUUUCCUACUGUGGCGAUGAGCCAACGGCUUGUGCAGAAUCAGGCACCGGACUGUACGGAACGGUGUACAUGACGUCAGACUGGCGCCCGGUAAACUUCGUGGUCGGCAUCUACAGCAACGGUGCCCAGUGUGCUCAGCAUCGUCCGGCGAUUUAUACACGAGUAAGCGAGUACUACCCAUGGAUCAGGGCUCAGCUCUAUCUGAUGGCACAGGAUAUGUGAAGACAAUCAAUUCAUACCAUUUAAAAAUUUAAAAUGCAGGAAAAAUAUAACGUUUAAUAAGCAA